UGAAAAGCCUUCAAUAAAAAGCACGAACAAAAAAAACCUGUGGAACAAAUCCAAAUAAGAAAAUGAAAACCUCAAAAUCCUCAUUUUGGUUUCAGUGUGAGCGCUUUAUAACCAUAACGAAAGUGACUGCUGAUGGAUACCUGUAUUUUCUCUUCAUGUUAAGCAUUUACAUACUAGUUCAGUCUGAAAGCAGCAAAGCCUCGUUCAUCCACAGGAGGCUGCCUAGAGGUCUCUCAAACUGUCCCUCUGCGGAUACUCAGCUGGACUUAACUAAAAGGAACAUAACUCAGCUUCAAACAAGUGACUUUAGUUGUUUUUUAGAUUUGAAAUUUUUAAAUCUUUCAUAUAAUUCAAUUGAAGAACUAGACUGUUCGGUGUUUCAGUUCAAUCCUUCUCUAGAGUAUUUAGACAUAUCAAACAACAGAUUGCAUACGAUACAAUGUCAAUCAUUACAAUAUAUUAAAAACAUUAAGCAUCUGGACCUUUCAUACAAUAACUUUAAACAAAUGCAUUUUUGCAAAGAAUUUACGGCACUGUCCCAACUGAAACAUCUUGGCCUGAGUGCCGAGCAGAUCCAAACUAACAGUUUUUUAAAUAUUGCACCUAUGCAACUUGAAUAUGUAUUUUUGGGGAUGGAAGACUUGACGGAAUAUGAAAAUGGAAGCUUACAAUUUCUGAAUACAAAUAAACUGCUUAUCAAUUUACCAACAAACCUAAAUCUAGCAAGUUCUUACCUUUUGAGUGAUGCUUUAAACACCUCCACAACUCUAGAGGUCUCUGGGGCACAAUGUGAUGUACACUGUGAUUAUUUCACAAAGUCCUUUUCCACGAUUACUAAAAACUCCAAAGUAGUCAAUCUAAUCAUCAGCAAUGGUGCAAUGCCGGGAAAUGAAAUAUUUAAAAUUAUGCCGCCUAUUUGGGAUUCAUCAAUAGAGCAUCUAUACAUCAAAAUCUUCAGACUUCAAAAUGAGCUCAAGUAUGUUAAAAUGGACUUUUUGCAUCAUUCAAUAAAAUCUCUUACAGUAGAGGAUUUGACUAACGAGGUGGUGUCCUUUCGUGAUACUCAUCCCCUACAAAUGUUUGCAGAAAUGCUUGUGGAAAAUAUAACAUUCUCUAGAGCAGAACUGUAUUUCUUUUUUUGUCCUCCAGCGCCCAGCAUUUUUAGAGUUAUAAACCUUCCAAGCAACAGACUUACAGAUGAUAUUUUUCAAAAUUGUGCCAAUCUCAAAGAAUUAGAAUUACUGAAUUUACAAAAUAACAAAUUAGAGCAAAUGUCAAAAAUAAGUUCUAUGACUCUCACAAUGCCAAAUCUCAAGCAUUUGGACCUCAGUAGAAAUGGACUUCAUAUUGACAAUGAGAAACAAUGCAAAUGGAUGGAUUCUCUUGUAUUCCUAAACUUAUCUGAGAGUGGGCUUACAAAUUCGGUCUUUGGUUGCCUUCCCAUCAACCUCCAGAUACUAGAUCUCUCUAAAAAUCAAAUCUCCAGCAUCCCCAUAGAAGUUAAAAAUUUUGUGUCCCUAAAAGAACUACAUUUAGCAUCAAACCGUCUAACAGAUAUCCCUGACUGCCACAAUAUUGGCAAUAACUUGGGGGUCCUAAAAGUUGAUGAAAAUCUUAUAAACUUACCAUCAAAAGAAUUCCUCCAGAACUGUGAAUAUGUUAAAUAUCUAAGUGCUGGAAAAAAUCCGUUUCAGUGCAAUUGUGACCUGAGAGAGUUUGUUAAGAUGGGAGUCAUGUUUCCAAAAAGGCUUAUUGGAUGGCCAGAGUCCUAUAAAUGUGCAGAUCCUGAAAACCUCAGAGGAAUUUUCCUUCAAGAUUUUUAUUUACCUGAAAUUUCAUGCAAUAUUUCAAUGCUUCUAGGAGUUGUACUGGGUACAAUAUUUAUUUUAUCAAUCAUUGUGGUUUCUGCAUGUUUUUAUUUUGACGUGCCAUGGUAUAUUCGUAUGUUGUUCCGAUGGUUUAGAACAAAGCACAGGUUAAGGAAUGUUAACCAGCAAGACAUUCAGAAUGACAAACUAUUCCAUGCAUUCAUUUCUUAUAGUCAGGAAGACUCAGACUGGGUAAAGAAUAUGUUGCUACCAAAUCUUGAAAGAAAAGACGGAUCAAUAAAAAUCUGCCACCAUGAAAGGCAUUUUAUUCCUGGUAAAGCAAUCAUUGAAAACAUAAUUGACUGCAUCGAAAAAAGUUUCAAGUCCAUUUUUGUUUUGUCUCCUAAUUUUAUUCAGAGUGAUUGGUGUCACUAUGAGCUGUAUUUUGCACAGCACACUUUAUUUGGGAAAAAUUCCAAUAAUUUGAUUCUGAUACUACUGGACCCCAUCCCACAGUAUUUAAUUCCCAAUAAGUAUAACAAAUUAAGAUCGAUAAUGAAGCAUAGGACAUACCUUGAAUGGCCAAAGGAAAAAGGCAAACAUGCCCUCUUUUGGGCUAACCUCAGGGAAGCAAUUCAUGUAAACCUUUCUAUUAAAGAGGAAGACAUGGCAGACCCUGAAGUAAGAACAUAAUAAAAAUUGGUAUCCAGUGGCUCCAGUGAAAAAUGUGGGUCCGGGCACCCCCCCCCCUUCACUUCCAACCCCCACAGACCAAAUCAUUACGAGUUUUAAAAACAUGUUCUCCUUUUAAACUCUACAAGUGCAGAUGUGGUCCCUGCAAUUUGCCUGCAGUCAGAUGCAUGUCAAAGUGAGCUCCUUGCACUUCCAUAUAAUUGAGCUUGGUGCCACAUAAGGUGGCCACACAAAAUUUCGAUCUUUCAUGCGACCAUUGGUCACACGAAAGACUGUUCCCACCCUCCACUGACAUUCAGGGCUGAAUCAUCGGAAAUGGAGGUAGAAACAAUAGAAAUUCUAUCUAAUUCUUCUAAUUCUCAGGCGCCUUAAAUGGCGUCCAAUCAAAAUCUUUUAACCUUGCCGAUCGACGAGUCGACCAAUAUCCACAGCCUUUUGCGAUAUCGGGUGCCUUGUGGUUUCGUACAAUAUUAUCGGUGUGUGCAUGGCCGGCUUUAGUCCUUCCUGCCUUUCUAUCCAAUUUGAGCACUUUUGUGCAUAGUGACUCCUGGGUACCCUGGAGCUGCUACAUCCUCCUGACCAGGCAGUAGCUCCAGGGCUUCCUUCAGUAAGGACCAGUAAGCAUCAGAAAUUAUGCCAAAUGGAAUUCCAUGCAACUGUGUCUGAUUUGCAACAAAAUGUGCACACAGUUGUAUAAACGCAAUAUCGUUAGGAGCAGCAAAUUAUGCUAAAUGCAUUGACCACUUGCAACCGCAAUGACACUGAAAUUCUAGGGGGGACAUUGUACUAUUCCCACAGCACUUGUUGACAUACAUGAGCCCUGAUAUAUUUAUAAGUUUGGUGCAAAAGUUGCAAAGCUAUCCAUAAGGUAUUUGAAGUAGAUGUUUAUUUUUGUUACAUGUAUUAAAAUAUUUAUAUACUGUAUACAUUAUUUAAAUGUACCAUGUGUUCCUUCUCUACAUAUUUGUAUUUCUAUAUAAAAAUAUGCAUGCAAAAUGGGAAUCUAUUAUUGCUAGCUUUAUCUCUUAAGGUGACAGCUACAGUACUAAUUACAUUUUUUUAAGGGAAAAGGUAAAAUGGGAGAUACGUGAAAUUUGGGGUUUUCUGUAAAAAUGGUGUAAAAAAAAAAAAAA